AUGGCAUCUGAAAAUAGUCCAAUAACGUUUGUAACUAAAGAAGGUGACAGGGUUCAGUCAAUAUCGAAAUUUAAAAACCUGAGCAUACUAGUAAAGAAUGUUAUAGAAGAUUGUGAGCAAGGCGAAGACAUUCCAAUAGCUCAGGUUUCAACUAAUAUGCUUACUCCCCUCUUCCAUGAGCGAGCAAACUCAUUGGAAUAAUCCCUGUUUUUUCCAAAAACAUGUUAGCCAAGCAAAAAUUUUGAUAUAUAAGUGAUAUCUAGUAUAAUGAAAUCUCUAGCUAAAUCUGUUUAAUUUUAAACAGCUUGCAUUUUAAAACAUAAAUUUUACAAUUUAAAUUAAUAUUUACCUUCUAUUUUACUAAUUGAUUUUUUAAAUUUCAAAAAAAAAAAUCUAUAUAAUUUUUUUAAAAAAAUAAAAACCUCAGCGAGCAAACAAAAUUUGUUUUGUUCGCUCACAGAGGGGAGUUAAUCGAAUUCUUGAAUACGCGCAGCAUCAUGAUUUUAUCCCCCCAGAGCCUUUAGAAAAGCCAUUAAAAACAAGCAAAAUUGAGGAAAUUCUUUCUGAUCCUUGGGAUGUUGAGUUUUUGAAAAGCUUUGACGAUGAUGGAUUGGCUGAUUUGAUGUUCGCGCUUAAUUACUUAGAUGUUGCUUGCCUAAUGGAAAUCUGCUUUGCUUAUAUUGCAACAAAGUUUAGAGGUAAAGAUCCAAAUCAAAUCAGGGCUGAAUAUGGGAUUGAGGAAGAAUUUACCAGGGAGGAAGAUGAAAAAAUUAAAAGAGAAAACCCAUGGACUCAAGAUGAAGCAAUUGAUAGGGUAAGCUAGAUAUAAAUAUAAAUAGCGACCUAAGAGAAUCCGACAACCUUAUAGUCAAGGAGAACUGGGCGAGAAGCUAGCCGAGAUUCAGAUCUGAUAUGGAUUUAUGUAUCCUGGGUAGGUUUUUGACUCGGUUCCUAUGAUUGGAAAGGGGUAGCAUGGCAGCAUAAUUAAUAACCUUAGGGUAGACCUUCUCCGCGAUCCCAGGUGUUGUGGUCUGGGCCUAGGAAUUGACUCUUUUUAACUGUAGCUACUAAUAACCGCACCAAGCACCUGUUAGACUCCGAAUUUUUCGUGAAUCAAGCUACUAUUAAAUGAGUUCACAGCAGGGCCAGUCUGCCACUCAAAACUGAAGCUCUUAAUUGGCAAGGAGGAGGUGUACUCCUUGUGCAUACUCAAUCCGUCCUGGCGAUGAGGCGGAUUCUAGAGAAGAGAAGAAGAAGAUUGUUCAUGCACCUCGCUGCUAAUAUCCCCAUUUGACAUAGCUGAGGCGUAGAUGUCGCAAAACGGAUGAACCCUUUGGGGUCAUUGAUAGCUGCUUAACAGAAAUAAAUGUCCGAGAAAGCAUGCUCGACCGACCUAGAGCAUGCUUAAAUUAAGUUAGUUAUUUCAGCAGACCUUGAGCUUUUCCUCAGCCGAGCCCUGCCAUCGGGUCAACGGACUCAGGGCUCCUGGGAUAGGAUGGCUGGCGAGAUAGACGGCAUCAAGGGCGUGUGGGACGAAGACUGGGCAGUGUAGGCUGCACGAGUCUCUGCGCAAUUCAGAGUUGGCAGAGAGGUGGGAUCGUCUAAGGCAAGAUGGAAGCAAGUCCGCAGCUCACCGGACUCCGAUGGAGGAGACGCAAGUUAAUGGGGUGUAAUCAAAUUGAAGACGGGUGUUCUGGCCAAGACAACGGGCGUGAGAUGAGGAGAUAAACUACCUUGUCGUCGCUAGCGGUGGGUAAUUAAGGCCAUAAGGCCUAGCGCGGUGAGCUUUGGCUCCGCCAUAAAAUGGUCUUACGACCUCUAAAUAAGAAUGAAUGAAUGGUAGCUGCUUAACAAUAAGGCACAUUACCCAUCUGUUAAUUUAGAUUAAGAUUAAGACAGUUUAAGCUAG